AUGGCUCUCCUCCCGCCGCCGCGUGGCCUGCCGCCAGGUCUCGUCUUCUACCCCUCGGACGCCGACCUGCUCUCGGCGUACCUCCGCCGCAAGAUCGCGGGCGAGCCGCUCCCCGCCCCCGCGGCCAAGUUCUUCCACGACGCCGACGUCUACGCCGCCGACCCCAACACGCUCACGAAGGCCUACCAGGGUGCGCAGGGGAGCAGGCGCAAGGGAGGUUCUUGGUUCUUCCUCACCCACGCGAGGCCCAAGAACAGCAGCCGGCAGGUCGGGGACGGCGAGGGCGCGUGGUGCUCCGUCUCCGUGAAGGCCGGCGCCUGGGACGUGGUCGACGGCGAGGGCCACCGCGUCGGGCGCAGCCAGAUGUUCGCGUACAAGCCCAAGAACAUGAACGGCGGGAGCUCCGAGUGGUACAUGGUGGAGUUUGCCGCCGAGGAUCAAGAAGAUUACCAGGGCCGUGGCGGCGAACAAGAACAGCCCGUGCUGGUUCUGUGCAAGAUCUACCAGUCGCUUCCCUUCGGGCGCCGCGCUCAUCCAUGGAUUCCACUGCAUGCGCCGGGUUCCGUGACCUCUGUUUCUUGGACAGGGUGCAGCGCCAGCAAUGAGUUUCGUGUCGCGCGCGAGCGGAACGCCCUAUGCUUCUGA